AUGGAGUGUAUGUAUUGGCUAGUCUAUCUUCUUGUGCUGGUGUUUCCAAACUUGGGAGAUGGUGUUCAUGGAGUGCAACAAGUGCCUUGUUAUUUCAUUUUUGGAGACUCUCUAGCCGAUAAUGGCAAUAACAACGUCCUCAACACAUUAGGCAAGGCCAAUUAUCCACCUUAUGGGAUCGAUUUCCCCGAUGGACCGACGGGCAGGUUUUGCAAUGGUCGAACCGUGGUCGAUAUAAUUGCUGAACUUCUGGGAUUUGAUGAAUAUAUUGCAUCAUUCAAAACCGUUGAAGGAUCUCAGAUUCUACAAGGCGUAAACUAUGGAUCUGGUUCAGCUGGUAUUCGCGACGAAACUGGAGAUAUGUUGGGUGCUCAGAUCAGCCUAAACGAGCAAUUACAAAACCACCAAAUUACCAUAUCAAAGAUGGUCAAUUUACUGGGAAAUCAGAGACAAGCUGCAGAGCACCUAAACAAGUGUUUAUAUUCAGUUGGAAUGGGCACUAAUGAUUACACAAACAACUAUUUUGUGCCACAAUAUUACAGCACAAGCACACAAUACACACCACAGCAGUUUGCAGAUGUUCUUACCCAACAAUAUUCACAGCAACUAAGGACUUUAUACAAUCAUGGAGCAAGGAAGGUUGCUUUGUUUGGAUUGGGAUACAUAGGCUGCACACCACGUGCAACUAAGACUUAUGGCACCAUCAAUGGCUCUUCCUGCGUCGACAGAUUGAACGACGCAGCGCUGCUUUUCAACGACAAACUCAAAUCGCUUGUAGAUCAGCUCAACAGUGAUCUUACUGAUGCAAGGUUUCUGUAUAUCAACUCUAUGGAUAUCUCGUCGCGAACGAUGAAUUCUUUCCCAGGUUCUAAUCGAACGACGAUUACGUGCUGUCAAGUAAAUAAAUCUGGUCUAUGUGAUCCUUUCAAAACUCCAUGCCCUGAUAGGAACUCGUAUUUGUUCUGGGAUGCAUUUCAUAAUACUGAAGCUUCAAAUGUCAUUACUGCUAGGGAAUCAUACACUCAAAUCAAGUCAAUAGUCUAACUCUCAGUUAUAGGCAACUGCACCUUACCCCAAUAAAAUAAGUCUGCGUAUUCAGAGUAUUCUCUAUGUUUCUUCUUUCGUUUAGCUACGUAUUGAUGCAGUUCGUACCUUUGAUCCGUUUCUGUUCUGCAUUAUAUAUUGUAAAUCACUUUGUUUGCAAUAAGAUAUCUACAUGAGCAUGCAAAGAGGCUCUACAUGGCAACUGGGAUUCAUAUCCCCUCUUUCCCUUCCUUGUAAAGGUCUUUGUCAAGGCUAAAAAUUUCACAUCGGUAUAAUAUAACCCAACUGAGUCAUUUAUAAGCGAAGCGCAUCUUUUCUCACAUUGUAGACCGGUAUAAAUAAAACUUUGAGAGUAAAUCGGUGUAUCCUACUUAAAUAUACACAUUCAAGUAUUCAACUGGUUUCACCAUUAAAAGACAGAUAGAAGAAAGAGUAGGCCAGAGUACAGACGAUAAGGAAUAUCUAUAUAUGUCAAUGAUAAUCUGUCACAUAAUCUUAGGCACAAGCAUUCAACACAAACCAAAUAUUAAGAAACCCCUCUCUGACAAGAUAAACCGCUACG